UAAUGAAGCACGUUCCCAUUUCCAGCAAUAAACAAAAGCGGCUCCUGACAACUCUAUAAAUUCUUAACCAAUCACCAUUAAUGGGGAUCCAUUUCCAAAAAACCUUCAAAUUCAGUACCCACAAUUUUUUUUACAAAACAAUACGAACCAUGAUAAACAGCACAACUGAAAGCACAGACGUUCCAACACAAAAGUACCACCUACCAAAGCGUAUAAUCUUGGUCCGUCACGGCGAGAGCCAAGGGAACAAAGACGAUGCAGCAUACAGCGUAACCCCAGAUUACAAAAUCCCUUUGACGGCUCAAGGGAUUGAACAAGCAAAACAAGCUGGCUCCCGGAUUCUUGAUGUUGUUUCCGGCCAUGGGUCGUCGGACAACUGGAAGGUUUACUUCUAUGUCUCUCCUUACGUGCGCACGCGCUCCACGCUCCGGGAGAUUGGCCGGGCAUUCCCGAAGAAUAGGAUGCUUGGGGUUAGAGAAGAGUGCAGAGUUAGAGAACAAGAUUUUGGGAAUUUUCAAGUCGCUGAGCGUAUGAAAGUGAUUAAGGAAACUCGGGAGAAAUUUGGGAGAUUCUUCUAUCGGUUUCCGGAAGGCGAAUCGGCUGCUGAUGUUUAUGAUCGAGUUUCCCAUUUCCUUGAAACUCUAUGGAGGGAUGUUGAUAUGAACAGGCACCAUCACAAUCCUAAUGAGGAGUUGAAUCUUGUAAUUGUAUCUCAUGGUCUAGCUAGUCGAGUUUUUCUAAUGAAGUGGUUCAAGUGGACAGUGGAACAAUUCGAGUACCUAAACAAUCUAGGGAAUUGUGAGUUUCGAGUUAUGGAAUUAGGGGCGGGUGGUGAAUAUAGCCUAGCAGUCCAUCAUACUGAUGAAGAGAUGCUAGAAUGGGGUAUGUCGCCUGAGAUGAUCGCUGACCAAAAAUGGCGAGCUAAUGCUAACAGGGGUACUUUGAAUGAUCAUUGCCCUUGGUACCUUGAUGCUUUCUUUGACCAUUUAGUGGAUUCAAAUGACAAAAAUGAUGAAGAUGUGAAGUCAAACAACUCGUAUCUCCCCUUAGCAUGACACCGUUAACAUUGCAUUCGUUCCAAUUCUGCUGUACUGUUCAUUUGGCUAACUGAUAGAAAUGUUUGUAAGCUCUUUUCAAGUUGUUGUUACAAUUUUAGGCCCGGAGGCAUUAUCAGUAUCAAUUUCUUGUAAAUUUGAAACUUCCAAUCGUAUAACAAUAGUUUGACAUCAAGGAUGAAGUAUGAGUUUUGUUUUUGACUGGAAAAGUUAUGAUUUUUAAA